AUGCGCCGCAAAUCCUCCUCGCCAUGCACCCAAUCCUACCCAUCCCAUCCCUUCCUCCUCUCUACGGAUGAAAUCAUUUCUCACCUGGAAACAAACAUUGACACAGGCCUGUCAACUCAGCAAGUUACUUCCUUCCAAUCCCGGUAUGGACCUAAUAAGUUGUCUGGCGAGGGAGGUGUGACAUGGUACUCCGUCCUUGCCAAGCAGGUCUCUAAUGCCAUGAUACUUGUCCUCGUCCUAGCCAUGGCCCUCGCCUACGGUGUCUCCGACUACGUCGAAGGCGGGGUGAUAACUGCCGUAAUCGUGGGCAACAUCCUGAUAGGCUUCUACCAAGAAUACCGCGCCGAACAAAAAAUGGACGCCCUACGCAGUCUAUCCUCUCCAUCUGCAACUGUAAUUCGGAAUGGAGAAGUCGUGACAGUCCCUUCCCCGGAGGUUGUACCCGGUGACGUCGUAAUGGUUAAAACCGGUGAUACUGUCCCCGCAGAUCUGAGGUUGAUAGACGGUAUGAAUCUGGAAUGUGAUGAGAAGAUAUUGACUGGUGAGGCGUUGCCAGUCCCUAAAGAUGCUGGGUUUGAUCCUGCAGGUGCUAUUGGUUCUGAGGAUGAGAAGUCGUCAAAGAAUGCAGAGUUCAAGAUUGGUGUGGGUGAUAGAUUGAACAUGGUCUAUUCCUCUGCCACAGUCACAAAGGGGAGAGGAAAAGGUAUUGCCAUGUAUACGGGAAUGUAUACUGAGAUUGGCAAAAUUGCCUCUUCUAUGCAAGGCAAGAAAAAUCGCAAGGUUAAAAAGAGUAGAUCAAUGUCAGUCAAGAAAUAUGGUCCUCUGCAAGUGUUUCAGGGUGGAUUCUUUCGCACCUGGGAUGCAUUGGGUAGAUUCCUCGGAUUGACGACGGGGACUCCUUUGCAGAGGAAACUGAGCAAGUUGGCUUAUAGUCUGUUUGGUCUUGCCAUUCUCUUUGCUAUUAUUGUUUUCAGUGUCAAUAAGUUUCAUGUCACGAAUGAAGUUGCUAUUUACGCUAUAUCUACUGGAAUCGCAAUCAUACCCGAAUCCCUCAUUGCAGUCUUGACAAUCACCAUGGUCGUCGGUAUGACCCAAAUGCACAAACGCCGAGUCGUCAUUCGCCAGCUUUCGGCUCUCGAAGCCCUAGGUGGAGUUACCAAUAUCUGCAGCGACAAGACCGGUACUCUCACCCAGGGUCAAAUGGUGACUCGGAAAGCCUGGAUUCCUGGAAUUGGAAUUUAUAGUAUUAACGAGUCUGAUGAUGCCAGUGAUCCUUCGAGGGGGGUUGUCACGUUGACUUCUGUUUCUAGUGACAAGACUGAAAAGCAGGAAAGGACACAGAAUGAAAAAUCGACGGAGGAGAAGCAACAGUCAGAAGAACAAUCAAUCCCAGAAGUAAACCCGGCACUCGAAGGGUUUCUUCUCGCUUCUUCCUUGUGCAACCUCGCAACAGUACGGUAUGAUGAUGCUGCUGGCAAGUGGCAAACGAUGGGUGAUCCGACCGAAAUUGCUCUACAAGUAUUUGCGCAUCGAUUUAACUAUGGCAAGAAGACUCUUGAAAAGGAACACAAAUGGAAGCAGAUUGCCGAGUAUCCCUUCGAUAGCGCAAUCAAGCGGAUGUCUGUGAUAUAUAGUAAAGGAACAGAUGAACCUGUAAUAUUCGUCAAAGGUGCUGUUGAACGUAUCAUUGAUCUUUGCACAUCUGUGGGAACGGGAAGUCACCAGGAGGAAAUGACACCGGAAAUGAAGAACAAUAUCCUCGAGCAAAUGAAGUCUCUAGCAGACCAGGGACUGCGAGUCCUUGCUAUUGCUCAGAGGCCAGUGCCGGCUGGAUACAAGACAGGCGACAAAUUGCCUCGCGAUGGCGUUGAGAGUGAAUUGAACCUCCUUGGAUUAGCUGGGCUAUACGAUCCGCCCAGGCUGGAAACGAAAGAUGCUAUCAGAGAAUGUACAACUGCAGGCAUCCGUGUCCAUAUGUUAACUGGAGACCAUCCAUCCACAGCAAGCGCCAUUGCUAGAGAAGUUGGCAUCAUUCCCAAAUACAAGGAAUCUCUUUCCGCUGAGAAAGCAGCCGCCUUGGUCAAAACCGCUGCUGAAUUUGAUAGUAUGACAGACGAUGAGAUUGAUGCUAUGCCAACCUUACCCCUGGUCAUUGCACGAUGUGCUCCAGACACAAAAACAAGAAUGAUUGCUGCCCUGCAUCGUCGCCGAUGUUUUGCCGCCAUGACUGGAGAUGGAGUUAAUGACGCUCCGUCUCUGCAGGCUGCAGAUGUGGGUAUUGCAAUGGGCAUGGGUGGUUCUGAUGUCGCCAAAUCCGCAUCUGAUAUCGUACUCACAGAUGACAAUUUCGCCAGUAUCGUCAACGCGGUUGAAGAAGGGCGACGAAUGUUUGACAACAUUCAAAAGUUCGUCCUUCAUCUUCUUGCCUCAAAUGUAGCCGAAGUCGUUUUGUUAAUUGUCGGCCUUGCGUUCCAAGAUGAUCAAGAUGUAUCCGUCUUCCCGCUUUCGCCGCUUCAGAUUCUGUGGAUUAACAUGUUGACUUCAUCUUUCCCUGCAUUUGGACUAGGACGCGAGAAAGCGUCGGCUUCCGUCAUGCGACGUCCUCCUCAUGACAUGAAGAAAGGUGUCUUUACUUGGCAGAUUAUUGCAGAUAUGAUCGUGUACGGGAUGAUCAUGGGAACGCUGACCUUGCUCACAUUCGUGAUUGUCGUUUAUGGCGUUGGCAACGGUACUUCUGACCUAGGAUUCGACUGCAACAGAGAACAAUCCCACUCCUGUCGUGUCGUCUUUCGUGCACGAGCAGCCGUUUUUGCCGAACUCACUUGGCUUAUUCUCAUUUCGGCUUGGGAGAUCAAGGAUCUCAGAAACAGCAUGUUUAAUCUGGAUCCGCUACGCGCUAGCCAAGAUGGUGCAAACUUUCCCUUCUUCAGAGAUGUCUGGGAGAACCAAUUCCUCUUCUGGUCUGUCGUGAUUGGAGCAGUGUCUGUGUUUCCCGCCGUAUAUAUCCCAGGCCUGAAUACAGAUGUAUUCAAACAUCAGGGCAUUUCAUGGGAAUGGGGUCUGUCCUUUGGUGCAAUCAUUAUUUUCGUUCUGGGUGCAGAAGCAUGGAAAAUGGUGAAACGUCGGACAGGCUGGUUUAGUGAACCGAAUGCUGCAGAUUAUGCCUCCGUUUCUGAAUCGGACUUUGGGUUGGGUAGUCCCACGAGGUCUAUGACAAAGGACAGCCGAAGGACUACCUAGGUAGUGCAUAAGAGCCGGGCCUGAAAGUAUAGAGUACUGCAGCAAUGUAUUGUUUCAUAGCUAUUUUCGGAUUAGAAUGAAUAUCAGAUUCUAAUUGUUAAUG